AUGAAAUUGAACCGUUUAAAAGUUUGUACAUUUGUCAGCGCGGCCCGACCAGGUUACGUCGCGCCGAGCAUAAUUCAGUCGCAUAGAAGCGUCCGGCAAAAUCCCACUGCCGAAGCUCUAACCGACCCAAGCCAACCAGAAAUCGAGGAGGCAGCGGCACCUGACUUCUUCGCUCCAUUUAUCUUCGGCUGCGUUGUACUCGCUGGACUGACGGGGAUAAUCGUCGGCUUAUGCCUCCGAAUAGAAGCUAUCAGGAGAUGCGAAUGCGUCUCCGACAUGACCUCCUGCAUCGCCAUUUCAGAAGACCUCGAAUUUCCGGAAAAAGAAAUUUCGCCCUACAAAGAACCGCUCAAGAAAAAAGGAGGAAGCCACUCAAAUCCCUACCCCAAUUUUAAGGUUCCGGAAGGUCUCCCAGGUGGACUGAUAAUGGUCUCGGACAGCCCGCGCCUGAACAGAAAGAACUCACUUCGCAGCCUGUCAAGACACUCGCUGAGCCAGAUUGGACGCAAAGUCGGACCAAGGGACAUCUUCAGGCAAAAUUCGAUCACAGGUAGUUUUGGCGCUAAGAGUUUAGGUUCCAAGAAGAGCGCGAAUCUUUCCUUCAAAAGAAAGUCGAUUGCGGAUGGGGAUAAUACAUCCAUUCAUUCAAGCAGAUCUAAUGGAACAUUGAGGAGCAAGGAUGGCAACUGGCUUUCCCAUAGCUGCCAGCAGGCAAACUACAACCGAGUGAAUCAAUACCUCGCUCAGCAGAAAAACUCUGUGACACCAGGCAAAGCUCAUGCAUCCCCACUUUCGAUCCGAAAAGCAAGCACCGAUAAGGUUGUGCUCUCGCCGUACGAGACGAUCGUUGUGCGACCACAGUCGACUUUCCAAAAGCAAGCGACGGUUAACGAAGCGAUCGUGUACUGA